CUGCAGCUCUUGUCACGAUUCAAGGCCUCCAUCGACGGAAAUCCCGAUCCUGAGAGCCGGUUCAUGAAACACUGGGUUCCGCUAUCCAUCAAGGAUCCCCUACUACUACAGAUCGUGCUCUACACGGCCGUAUGUUUCCUCAAGGAGACGGGCCGAGUGCCCAAGAUGCUCGUCUGGGCCUACAAGGGCGUGGUACACCGCAUGCUCAACGAGCACCUUAGCUCUACCAGAACGCAGACAGGAGAUGCCGCCAUCAUGGGAGCUGCCCAGAUGGUCAUGGACUCGUGGUACUGGGGCACCACCGAAGAGCUACGUGCCCACAUGGCGGGCCUCAAGACCAUGAUCCGGAUGAGGGGCGGUCUCCAGGACCUGGGGAUGGGCGGUUUCCUGGCCAAGACGGUGCUCAUUCACGACAUUGCCAUCGCUAUCGCUCAUGAUAUUGAGCCGGAUAUUUAUGGACAGCCGGAAUUUGAUUUUCGUGACGACUUCAUGGUGCCCUAUCAGACCUCCUUCAACUCCCCCUUCCUAUCAGGGUGGCCACGCUUUGUCGACCCGGGAUCAGCGUUGAAGCUUCACCGAAGCUCUGCCCAGAUCCUGGAUGAUGUAAGACUUGUGAUACAGACGGUACAAUCCCUGCCGCCCUCUCCAACGGAGCAAGACUUGCAAAAUGUCACAGAAACGGCUCUGUGGGCGCUGAACAGGCUGGAUCGGAUGCCGGAGAACAUCCCGUUGUAUGAGGAGGAUGAGGAAACGAGCCGGCCAGCCGAUGAAGGUGAUGACUGCAUGUGGGAGACGACAGGAUACGAGGGGGCGGGGACUUCCCCAGCAAGCAGCUCGGACUACGAUUCGCCCAGGAGCCACGAUGCCGCGUCUUCCAGUAACGGUUCGCCACCUGCCCUGGUGGACGAGACCGCUAGUGCCCGGCUGGCCAGGACCAAGAACGACGCCAUGUACCGCUGCAUCCGCGUGACGGCUUCGGUCUACUACCGUGCCAUUGUGGCCCGAGUGCCCACCACGGAGAUUUUAUCAGAGGCCGAUUUCUUGAAGCUGUGGGAGCUGGUGUGGGAGGUGACGGUACCAUUUUGGAAGACGGCAGUUGGCGUCUUCAUUUGGGUCAUGGCCGCGGCCGUGCCAAGCUGUCACAACUCGCCCCCUGCACGCUUCAUCAAGACCCUGUCUGUGGUCGGCUGGAUGACCAUAGGGCUUGAGAACUGGCAUGUCGCCAUCAACGCGGCGAAUGCAGCCCUGGGGCUGCAGCGCUGGCUCCGCGGC